AUGAUCUCCACUGGCGAUGCAGAGUUUCCGAGGGAUUACCACACCCUGGGUGGCGGGGGAACUGCCCGUCGCUUCCCAGAAAGCAACAACGGAGGGCCGGCUUCAUCCCUGGACCGCCGGCACACCUCCAUCGCCACCAAAAGCCUGGAGGCCCUUACGAACAUUCACAAGGCCGACAUAGAGCGCCAACGAGACGCCUUCAUGGAUCCCCAGAAAAACAAAUACCCUAACAGCCCCAGCAACAUGUCCCAGGGGUCGGCACCUUGUGGCCGCCAACAGCAACAGCCAAACUACUGGAGCUUCAAGGCCCGAACCCCUCGCGUGACCCGACCCAACCCCACACAGCCGGCUCUAGCCGACCAGGCCAGCAGGGUAUCCUUCGCCUCCGCAGAGAGUCUGGAGACCAUGUCGGAGGCAGACAUCCCCCUCGGGUUCAACAGGAUGAACCGCCUCCGCCAGAGCCUGCCUCUGGCUCGCUCCUCCAGCCAGGCCAAGCUCCGGGCGCCAGGCAUCUUGUUCCUCCAGUUGGGAGAGGAGACCAGGAGGGUGCACCUGACCCACGAGCUGACGAGCCUGGAGACCCUGAGGGCUCUCAUCGUUCACAUGUUCCCUCAGAGGCUCACCAUGGCUAUGCUCAGGUGCCCCAGCACAGCACUGCUCAUCAAAGAUGAGACACGCAACGUCUUCUAUGAGCUGGAGGACCCACGAGACGUCCAGGAUCGCUGUGUCAUCAAGAUCUACUGCAAGGAGCCCACUUAUGGCACUUAUCCUGGGCACCACAACCCACAUAUGGCUAAUGGGGACCUCCGGAGGGAAAUGGUGUAUGCACCCCAGGACUCCCCACCCAACCGUCGUCUCAGCAACCCCCCCUCCUCCUCAGCCUCGCCCCCCUCCGGAUCCCCGUCCCGUGUCCGCCUCCUCUACAGCGGGGGCCGACCCUCCUCCUACGCCGGCCCCCCUCACCCUCAGGGCCAAUCCCACACCCACUCCCUCCCUCACCCGCACCACCACUCCUCCCCCGGGGGCCACGGAGGGCCACACCAUCACCCCCAGAACCCCCAGCACCCCCAACACCCCCAGCACCCCCACCACCCCCAGCACCACCAACAACACCACAACCAGGGCGGUUUCUGCCCCUCCCCCAGCGCAAUCCUGGAACGUCGGGAUGUGAAACCGGACGAGGAGGUGGGCGGAUCCCGCAGUGUGGUGCUCCUGAGGGGUGACGGCGGGGUCGGGGGAGGGAUCUACGCCGACCCCUACACCCUGAGCCAGGAAGGGGGGCGCCUGAGCCUCGCCGGCCCCCACUCCCCCCUCCCCUCCAGGGUGGACCCCUACGGGUCUCUGUACCGCCGCGGGGGAGGAGGCGGGGGUGUGGGCCCGGGUCCCGGAUCCGUGCGUUCCCUCACGUCCUACUCCGCAGCAGCCCUACAAGGCGAGCUGAUGGAAAGCGGCGCCCUCUACAGGCCCGGAGGACCUCUGUACAACGACACCUACGCAGCCUCUAUGCUCGCCAUGGGGUUCCGGGUGCCACCCUCUUCGAGCCCGCAGAAGAUUCCCGACAUGAGGGACUCGUAUUCGGGCACCAUGCCUGGCCGAGGAUCCCCUGGAAGGCAGACCCUGCGGAGGGACUCGGUGACGUCCUCCGUGUUUGGGGAGAGUCCCAAGUCCAGGGGCCAGGGGCCCGGCCUGGGUUUGGGGCCUGAUCAGCUGUGUCUGAUGGCUGGGCUGGGAGGGGAGGGAGGGGGCGGAGCUCCAGGCUUUAGCUCACCUCUACCAGGCAACGAGACAGAGACCAGGGAGCGUAUGGAAGCGAUGGAGAAGCAGAUAGCCAGUCUGACUGGUCUACUGCAGAGCGUACUGAGCAGGGGACCAGAUGCAGACAGCCCUGAGAAGAUUGAGACUGCCAGUGACUGUUCUGGGACAGACCCUCUCACCCCAUUGGCUCCCCUGGCCCUGAUGCCGCCCCCGCCCACGGGGGCCUCACAGCCAAUCACAGUGUCACGGCUUCAGAUGCAGGUCCACCUGCAAGGCCUGCAGCACAACACCAACGCACUGCGUAAACAACUGUCCCAGCUGCGCAACAUACAGCUGGAGAACCAGGACUCGGUUCAGUCCCUGCUGAGGCAGACUGAGACAGAGCUGAGCCUGAUGAUGCUGGACGCCAUGCGCACCCAGGAGGAUCCGCUCCAGAGACAGCGCCUCCUGGUGGAGGAGGAGAGGCUCAAGUACCUCAACCAGGAAGAGUUGCUCAUCCAGCAGCUACAUGAUCUGGAGAAGUCUGUGGAGGAGCUCCAGAGGAACUCGUCGGUGAACCACGGACUGGUGACUGAACAAGAGGUGGAACAGAAGAGCAAAGAGCUGAGGACUCUGGGGGAAACCCUCACAGAUCUCAAGAACCAGUUCCCCAGUCUGCAGAGCAAGAUGCGGGUGGUGCUUAGGGUGGAGGUUGAAGCAGUCAAGUUCCUGAAGGAGGAACCACACCGACUUGAUGCCCUACUGAAGCGUUGUAGCACCAUGACUGACGCGCUGACCACCUUACGGAGUGUAUUAUAUCCCCCCUGUAUGUACAGACAAGUUACAGAGGGCAUGUGGAAGGGCCCAGAGGAUCUAUCCAGCCAGUCAGCCAAGCGUGCAGAGGACAUGGGGCGGGCCUCAGACCUGGACAUGCUGUCCAGCCCGCCUUUCAGCCUCAACGACCUCGGGGGCAGUGCCAGCCUGGCCAACUGGAUGCCCAUGUCAGGCAGUGAUCCGGACGCGCUGGGUCCUGAGCAGGACUCCCAGCCAGCGACCACCUACAGGUCCAGAGCUCUGGAUGAGCUGCCCAGUCGCCGUGCUGCUGACAAAUCAGUGUCCGCGGAGGUCAGACUGGCUGCAGAACGGGACUGGGAGGAGAAGAGGGCCAGUCUGACCCAAUUCAGCGCCCAGGACAUCAACCGACUCCUGGAGGAGACCCAGGCUGAACUCAUGAAGGCUAUCCCAGACCUGGACUUUGCUGCCAGGCAGAUCAACAAGCCUGUAGUGCCCCCCAAGCCCCAGAUGACCACCCCUAUUACCUUUACAUCCAUGACCACUGCUGCCACUAAUGCUAUUGCCUCUACUACGACUCCUACAAGCUCGUCCCCAACUACCACCAGUGUAGACCAGCAGCAGAGUAAGGUUCAGAUGACUGCCCAAAAGCUGGAAGGUGGCUCACGUCGUGGUUCAGCGGAGCUGACAGUGACCAGGUAUCGUACAGAGAAGCCUUCAAAGUCCCCGCCUCCCCCACCACCUCGCCGUAGUUUCCCAUCAGCCCACGGGAUCACCACAAACCGCACUGGGGAGGUUAUUGUCACCACCAAGAGUUUAAUGAAGGCAGAGUCAGAGGAUGGCGAGGUCCCCAAGACCCUGGUGAAGCUCAGGCGGACACCAUGUGACGCCCCUCGCCCUGCCUCCACGCCCCCUGUCAUCGCCGCUUCAGCGAUCAAAGAUGAAGAUGACGAGGAGAAGAUCAUAGCUGAACUAGAGAUAUUUCAGAGAGCCCCCGUCAAAGUAUCCCCUCCCCACUCUCUGCCCAACACUCUACCGAGGCCCACUCACCUCCCUCACUGCUCCACAGGGUCUCUGGGACGACAGACUGUCAGCAACUCUCCAGGACCAACCAAGGGACCUCAGCCUACAGUAGCAGCCCGACUCAAGCACCUCCAACAGGGCAGUCUGGAGAGGCCCAAGACCAGGAAGCAGAAAGAGGACUUUCCUAAGAUCCAGGGCCAGCAACAGGUAUUCCAUUUCUGAGAAAGCCCUUCUUGGAGUUACAGUCCUUCAUUGUGUGCCAUCCAUGACUGCCCCAGCCAGGAUAUACCAACUGGGCUCAUUCAAGACGGCUUGGAGGAAAGAUGUGAUGCAGUUUUUUGUUUUGACUGGUAGUAACAACCCAAAUGGCAGGUGUAGAUGUGCUUGGCAUGCCUAAAUAGUUGGCAUUACUCAGUUUGUCUGUGAAAAGUAAUUUUGUGAUUAUUCCAUGGUUCCUAACGUGAACGAUGCCUUAGAAAGGCUAAUGCAGCUACAUAAUCUUUCUUCAAACCAUUCUUAUCGAUAAUGCCACGGAACCAUUUUUACACCUCAAUGUCAAUACCUUGAUCUUCCAUCUAUCAAAUCCUACAUCCAGUUUCUCCAAAUCAUUGGCUGUUCCCAGUGCCUCAAACUAAUGUUUUCAUUUUGCAGCAUUGUCCUGUUGUUUUAGGAUAUUUUUGUGUCCCAAACUUUGGAGUGUUGGCCUAUUGUAAAAAAAAAAAAAAAAGAAGUUAGAAUCCUGGUCCAGUUGUAUAGAUACUACAGUAUAUAAUACUCUGUUACUUAACAGCUGAGAAUAAAGCACAGUUCAAAAGCUAAAGGGUCGGUAGCCCUCAAUUGGUCUAGUGCAGUGUUCAAAGUGUAGUAAAGUGCCCACUUGAAUUCUAAGCACAAUGUUUUUCAGCCGUGUUUUCACGGUGCUCGAAAGGCAGACACAUUAAAGAGAAGAAUGAAAGGCAAAGAAAAUGAAUGGAAUGUUAAAAAAGACUAAGCAUUAAUUAAUACAUUACGGACUAUGUAAUAGGAUCAAAAAUUACAUAAAGGAUCAAUUUCAUAGUGCAGCACACCUCCAGUUCACAACCAGCCAGUCUUCCACUGAGAUGAAAACCUACAGAAACCAUAGUCUUAUCUGGUCCUGCAGACACUCCAACUCAACCCCAAUAUUUUGAGCCGCCUUAACGUACCCUACAGUAGCCCUAAACUGAAAAAAAAGCUUUUAAUAUAGCAAGCUCAAGAUAAAACAGCUAGCCAUCUACCUCCUGGCUAGCACCUGGGCCUGCCACAAUCCCGUACUUGGCCUCAUGGCACUAAUCCAUACCCUAUGAGUUAACUAAUAGAUUUAGUUAUCUUUCUUCUAGGUAGUUAUAAGGGUCACCUACCUUGUGUGGGGGUCUGUAGGGUUGUGAUGAUGACAUUCUGAUUGAUCGUUGAUCAGAUAUGAGUUUCACUCAUCUGUUUCAAAGUAGCACAUUUUUAUUAAGUAUUAAGUGAAGACGAUCUCCCCAAAAGGACAGACCCCCAAAACCGCUGGCCAUUAGCAAUGACAAACGCUAGCAUAUUGAUGUCAUGCUGACCUUGACAUUGUUGCAUUGUCUGGGCAGCUUACAGUCACAAGAAAUACAACCCAUGCAAUAGUAUGGUAUUCAUGACUAUUUGCUUUGCAGUAAAAACAACUGUUGAAAUGCUUCCUCCUGUAUUAUUUUCCACACUUUUCCUGAUUGAGGAAGUUAUACAUUGCAUUGGUUUUGUGCAAAAAGGUACUCCUAUUUACUAAGAGUAUAAUCAUGGUGCUUUAGAUGUCUUCUAUCGAAUGUUCAUCAAUCCAUUUGCAACCAUGUAUAGUGUUUGUUGUGUAAAGAAGUACAUAAGUGAUUUAUUCUGUACAAUAGUAAACUGUAUGUGACCAAGCAAACAAAAUACAUGUUGCAUUUAUAAGGUUUACUGUAUGCAACUCAUAAAGGCAUAAUAUUUGAAUUCAUUGGAUGUACUACAGUAGAUGCUUGUACAUGACAUAUAAAUUAUAUUGUGGGUACAAUAAAGGUCCACAUGGGUUUUAUGUAUUUUAUAUUAAAUCCAACAAGGAUCAGACAUUCUUAAAUUGUCGUUAUGGGAGCAUGAUUUGACUACAGAAAAAAUAAGGUUAUUUUAAACCAAUAACCUUUCAUAAAGAGCCCAAGGCCACCACCAUUAUCUUACUGUAAUUUCUUUUUAUUUCUUUGUGUUUGUGUUCUUUGUGAGGAGUGUGAAGGGGAAACUUCCUCAACAGAUAUGUUGUCCAUGUCAUGAUCAAAAGAUGUGCAUAAUACAUGACUGCCUCAGGCAUAUACAUGUAGAAGGAUUACCCAAAUACAGUUGGAAGGAAAAGAGUUACAAGUGUGCCAUAAAAUAGCUUAGCCCAGUACCACUACAUGGACAAUGGACCUCCAAAAGUCAAAAACUGCCUACUGUUGUAAUAACUAUGACCAGGUGACCUUCUCUUUAUCUUUAUUUGUAACAGUUUUUUGACAAGCAGUACAUCAUUUUUCGAGAUUACGGAUAAAUAAGAUGGAACUGCAUACUAUUGCUUGCGAGCAUUGGUGCACCUGUCUCUUUCGUUACUUGACAACCACAUUUGCAAUAGGACUCUGAGAGCUGCAGAUGUAGCAAUGGCCCCAGAGCCAUGAAGGAGGAUAGUGACACGAGACCCUUUUCCCAUCGGAUUUGACUCAAGCUAAUGUCAUCCCUGAACCCUCCCUUCACAUGUAACUCAUCCUAGCUCACUUUUCACACCAAAGUAAAAAAAAAAAACCUACGGGAAAUAAUUUCCAGUACAUAAUUUCCAUGCAUACUGAAGAAUACAUUGUUGCUCCCACUUGCUGUGCACUUUAAUGUCUAAGUCAAGAGAGGUACAGAAUGGAGGGUUGAUAUAGUAUUUUACUCUAAAACUGAGAUCACAGAAACCAGAACCUACUCCCAUUAAUCCUUUUCAGAAAUUGACUCAUUGCAUAGAGGAUUUGAAUAUACCUUUGUAAGGUUACUGUGCCUACAUUGUUGUAUUUAGUUUACUUCAAUUGGAAUGUGUGCGUUGGCUAGGUUUUCUCUUGCUACCUGCCCAUGCAAGUUGAGCAUAGUUAUUGAGCUCAGUCGUUUUAACAUUUGGCCGGUAACCCUGUAAUCAUCAUGUAGCCUUGCCUCCUGUACUCUGCCUGUGGUGCUACAAUACCUUCAGUAACAUAACUUCUAUUUUGACCUGUUAUAGGUACAAUUUCUUUAUGUGAGUUACUGUACCUUCAUACCCCAUUGCUUCCAAAGCUUGUGUGAUUCUCCACAAGUCUCCAUACACCAGUCUAUCUCAUUCUGAACAAGCAGGCCUCCCAAGGACACAUUCCAGCCCCAUUUGUCAUGACUAGAACCAAACACUUCAGAGCCGACAUUGAUCUAAAUUGACAUCAGUGCCACAACUCACUAGCACCCUUAAAAGAAUGCCUCUGCUCUUCCCUGAAUCUCAUUGUUCGUACUCGUCUCCCAGCUCAAAUAGGAGUUUCACAUUGUUCGUCUUAUGGGAACCUUGUUUGUUUGGCCCUGCAAACCUUUUGCCUCAUUGAACUGUUAGAUUGGUAAACCACCAUGGCAGCAGUGUGCGUGGGGCCCAUACUCAUCUAAUCUGAGGCCAAAUCUCUUGUUCGCUAAAGGGCAAGCACUUCAUUAGCAUUGGCGUCGGAUCAAGCUUGAAGAAUGUCCAAAUAAGUCAGUGAGACAGGCUUUUCUCCUUACAUUUUUUUGUUUCCUUCUCUUGGUGGGAGUCCCCCUUGAGUUUGAGGUUCAAACAAGUACAUUAACUCUUGGAUGUAAAUUGUCUUGGCAAAAAAAUAGUUUGAACUGGUUCAUGCAAAGAUGAAUCAUAAAUUCUCAUUAUAAGAGGGAGUUUAGUUUAGAGUUUGGACAAGAGGGUAUAUUAGGAUCAAAAAUGGUUACUGAAUAAUACAUUUGAAAUCUAUGCAACAAAUUUGUGUUCGUUAUUCCCUCCAGGAAUACAUUUGUAUGAAAUAAAAAGAUAAUCUUACUCUCCAAAGCUUACUUCAACACCACACCUUUUCCUCUCCAUCCCCUCUUCCUCAGAGACAGAGAGAAAGACAGAGAACGAGAGAGAUUUCGAAAGAAAGAGAGCGGGAGGGAGGGAGAACGAGAAGCUGAAUCAGGACAGAUUGCUUGUCCCAGAGCCCUGACAGCAUCUCGCUACUGAUCACAGCAAUAUUUCCCCAGCUCUGCCUACGCUCAGCUUAGCGACAGCCACACGCUCUCUCUCAUCUCUCUCUCUCAUCUCCCAGUGAGCCUGACGACUGUCACGCCGAUGCACCAAACACAGCAUCCCCGGUGGCCAAUAUAGGUAAAUGCAGUCAAGGCCCAACAGAUACACAGUGCCCCCUGUGGCUCCUGAGAAUAAUUUCAAAGACGUGUUACGUAAUUGCUUCCAGCUUCAGGAAAGAUCAUAUUAGAGAGGAUGGUUGAAAGUUUAGUGACGGUAUUUGAUGAGAGACCAGUAUGCUUGCUGAAAUCCUGAAAACUGUGUGUUUUGCAUACAUUCCCUCUGCACACUUCUGUUGACUAUUAACUCUGUUCCAACUAUUCUCCUACUAUUAUGCUUUUGAGUAGCAUGACAUACUUCAAAAUGUAAGCUUGGAUCAUGAUAUGCACACCAUGACAAGAUCAUCCACAGCAUAACUAGAUAAUUCAUGAUCUAAACUUCCACCUUGAAACGAUUUGUACUUUUCAUGCAACAGGAGCUCAAAGAACAAACAAAAAUUUUACACAAGAAUUUGAUUCAACAUUGAUACACAAAGGUGCAUUUUUUUUUUUACUAAGGAUAGGCGCGCUCUGCUUCACAAAUAAAUAAAAGGUGAUUUCGGGUGCGAGUGAAAAAAGACUAGUAACUUAAAGUAGAAAAAACUGCACUCUCAAGCUUGCUCGUUGCUUCUUUUGACCAGUUUAUUGGAGUGACAGUGUCAUUUGUAUUUUUUGCAUUUUUUGUUUUCCCAUUAAAGUUGUCAGAUUGGUAUGCCACAGUUAUUCAUUUCAUAUAAUCUAAGUUUAGACUUUAACCCCACAACUGGAUGCGCUUCAGCAUUAUUUUUUGAAAAUCUAACUUUUCCUUAAAAAAUAAUUAGAAAAGCAACCUUUUGCCUUUCUAUCACGCAUCACUUUCCUUUUGCUAUUGUCUAAGCUCUCUAGCAGAACAAGCUGUGAAUACAUCACUUCCUCUGCAAUUAACCUUUCUCCUGGCUAAUUCACAAUCUAACUGACACUUGCCAAUUGGAGCGUUCUUCACAACCAUUUCCUCUGCUCUCUUGGGCUAUGAUUUAAUCUUCGAGGCAUUGGCGUUCUCUCCCUGUUUCGGCUAUAUUUACUGCAGGUCUCUCAGAUUUCCCCCCAAAAUACCCCAAAUUCCAACAACGAUGUUUUUGCAUUUUUAAGACUUAAGAUACAAUUAUUCUAAGGAUGGAAUAGUUCCAAUGAUCUUACCAAGGAUCUGUAGACAAUCAUGGUGUGGUGACUACCAGAGGUUACCCAAAUUAGUGAAAAGGACCAGAUUUUAAGGAUUAUUCUAUUCAGUGACGACCUUUUAAAAGGGUCAAAACACAACGGGAAAAGCUGAAUGCUGCAUUUUCACUGUCAUCCUUUGGAAAAACAAGGGACUGAAAGGAAUAGAGAUGUCCAAUACUCAUGUUGGCUAUUUGUCCUAAAAUACAGCCUUGUAUAUGGAUAUAAUACAACAAAUUAAUACUGUAUUAGUAGUUGAUUUAGGGAACAAGAUUGAAACCACAGAAUCACUUAUGACACAAAGGCGGCUUUAUACAUUGUCAUAAUUAUCAGUAAAAGUCUUUGUUUGUGUAUUAUUGUGGACUAAAUAGGACAAUAUUUGCUCACUGGCCCCAGCCAUUAUUACAUCAAGCCCACAGUAUGUGUCAUAGCCAAGUAAGAACAUCAAUAUAGAUGUUAAUAUUGGAGCUGAUUUUCUGUUUGGCCUAACACUAAAUCAAAAUGUAUUACUUACUAUGUUACAAAAUAGAGGACAGAUUAUCCAACUGAAGGUGACAUGCUCUUUGGAGGGAAGUAUAAAGAUACUGCCAAGGAAACUCAUGCUACAAGCAUGACUUUGUACUGCGGGCACAAAAUUACCUAUAUAAAAUAUUAAGCUACAGCAUAUUACAUUGAAUAAUGUACAUUUAUUAAAUGUAUUAUCAUUUAGACUUGAAAAUAGAAACAAGCAUCACAAAACAGGAAAAGCUGUAGAAUAGAAAUCCUUUCAGAGGUGUAUUGUAAGACAUAUAAUAACACAUCUCUGUAACUAUAAUUAUUGUUUUUGUGUAAAAAAAAUAGAAAUCUUCAUCUAUGUUUUGUAUAAUCAAGCCCUUUUGUAUUUUUAUACUUGGAAAAGAGGAUUCACACUUACAUAUCAUACAUUAUACUGUAAAUGGAGAUAUUUUUGAGUUUAUUCAUAAUGUACAUUUUUUAUUUCUUCACAAUGUGUUAAAUAAUGUAAAAACAAAACAUUGUGCUAAAGAAAACUACAAUUAUUUGGGUAAAAAGAACAACAUAGUGAAGCAUGCCAUGAAAACUAACCCCUAACGGCUCCUAAAGGUAAAUUACUUAUGGACUACUUAUAGUAGCAGCACAUUAAAUGGACAAAAAGCACAGAUGAGAAGGAACGAGACUCAGAGCUCAUAUCCUCAUUCCUCUUGACAAGUAUGUACUCACUGUUAAGACUAACCAUACUGUAGCUGUCUUCCUCUAUUGUAAUCAAAAGUGCACCUUGUAAUAUGUACAAUAUAAAGUAUACACUAAAUUGGUGGUUUGUAGAUGAAUGUGUGGUUGUUCAAAGUUGUCUGUGGAUGUUGUAUCUUAUGUAAAUAAUUACCUAAAUAGAUUUUUAUGUGAUUUUUGUAGGGAAAAAAAUCUAAACGGCAUGUACUUACAUUCCCGGAAUUUGCACGCUGGGUCUAUAAGUCAAACUUUUGUUCUUUUUGUUAAAGAUUCUGUGUAUACUUGUGAGUGUACAGUAUUAUAGAUUAAACAUUGUACAGAGCAUUCGAUUUUGUAUAACGUGAAAAAGUCAGUUAAGGCCCAUUUUACUGUCAUCUUCAUGCAAAGAAAAAUAAAGAUUAAUGAAACAAUUGCAAAAGAUAUGAAACAUUGUUAAUAUACUGUUGUGAGGCGUGAGAGUGAUGCUUGCUGUGUGAGAUAAGUGUUGUUUGUGAAUAUUCAAGAAGAAUGAUAUCAUAGUACGAGAAUACAGAACAUGUAUACUAGACCAUCUACUGAAUCAGUGCUAAUGCCAUGCAAAUUUAAGUAUUGAAAGAUUGUUGCUGCUUUUGUGAGAAAAUCUAUGGUACAAAGACUGCUGCUUUUGUACAUUUCUGUUGUGUUUUU